AUGGCUUCCAACAUCAGCCAGGCGCUAGUCACCCUAGCGAUUGCCUCCCUCAUUGCCUUGUUUGCUCAGGCCGACUCGACGCCUGCAGCAGUAGGGUCUGCCCCUGAGCAGCCUGUCGAUGCCAAGACACAGAUGACUCAAUUCAUCGAGUCUACAAUGAAAAUUGCAAGCCACAAAGCUGAAGAAUUCCUCAACACCAUCGAUGAGCAGGCUAAGAAUCCAGCUACCUCUGGAAUAACACGGGAAUGCCUUCAGGAAUGCAGAGAAGUUUAUGGAGCAGCAAUCGACGACAUGAAGAACACCAUCGACGACUUGAAAUCAGAAAACUAUUACAAGGCCAAUGUGGAUCUCAGCGCAGUCUUGUCAAACAUCGAUACCUGCAGAGACUGCUACAGGGAGAUGGUCGGACAAGAACCUAAAGCCAACUUCGACAGCUGGGUCAUGGGAGUCGCCAGUGAUUGCCUCGGAAAACUCGAAACCGUCACCUCUUAA